AUGAAUCAACAAAAGAGCACGUCCAUUCACUCCCUCAAGACGCAUAACGAUAUACUCAACACCGAAGACGAGUGCUUACGCCAAGCUCUUGCACUUAGAAAGAAGCACAAGAAGAGGAGCAAGCCUCUAGACCUUCAACAGCGCAAAGAGUAUCAUAGUAGUGCAGUGUUCUGGAGUCCUUCAAAGCUCCGCAAAGCCCAGAUUCGCGAGCGAGUAAAACAUCAAGAAGAAGAAGCAGAAAAACCCCAAAAAGCACAGAAGAGAGAGCUAAAAGUCGCAAAUACCUUGUAUAAGAGAAAGAUGGCUGAGGAAGCAAAGGCGUUGCGAGAGAAAGUGCGAAAGAAGCCCGGGCAGAAGAGCGCAAAAAGGCGGCUGAAGCCGCCGCGCGGAGGGCCCAAAAAGAGCAAGAAAAACGAGAUCGCAACUCUCAAUAAGCUCUACAACAAUUCCAAAGAGGCAAGAGAACAGCUUCAAAGCCUCCUAAAGGUCGACAGACAAAGCGGAGGAGUGAUAAUCGCGUUUGGGGGGGGGGGGCUGUUGAGGCGCAACCUGCAUCGCCAGCUCCACCCAAAACGACACGAACACGAUUAA